AUGAGCCAAAGAACUUUCGCACGUUUACUAGUGUUAUUUUUGCUAAUGCACUUGCAACUAUUACACGCGGCACCGUCACACUCCAGCAACGACAUCGAUUACAAUGACAGUAGCAGCGCAAGCGGCAACGGCGGUGCCGGAAAUUCGUUGGGCAAUCUCUUCCGAGGUAACAACAAUUCGCAAAUGGAUUACAACAUGAUGUUUACACAUGUGAAGGAUUUCUUCAUGUAUUUGCCGGUGAUGAUGACGACGCUCAGGGAAUCCAUGUCCGGUUUCCCGAAGUUCGCGGAAGGCAUACGCAUACUGACAUCGAAAAACGGCCGCUUAGAAGGUGCAGACUGUAAUUGUGAGAAGAACAGCAAUGAAAUUGAUAGCCGACAAUUUGGUUGA